UUAAUGUAGUACGCCUACUAGGUAUCUGAAAGUCGAAUCUUAGUUAGAAACCCGCUUACAGAUCGGGUAUAAAAAGAGGCCCUUUUCAGAACGGAAUUCAGUUCAAUAAUUUAAAGCAACAUGAAAUUACUGAUUGUCCUUCUUGCCUUGGUGGCCGCUGUUUUGGCCAGACCUCAAAUUGGCGGAUAUGGUCAGGGAGAAUUUGGCGGACCUUUCGGACAGGGAGGAUUUGGUGGCCAAUACGGACCAGAAGGAUACGGCGGACAGGGAGGAUUUAACGGCAGAUAUGGUAGCGAGCACAUACAUCAUCACCAUCAUCGUGAGCGCUACUAACUUCCCAAUAUUUUAACCGUCUUAAAAUAAUCAUAAGCGAAAUAAUAAAAGAAUUAUUUUUUGCCAUUUAUUUUAA